AAUUUAUCCGCAUUGAUAGAAACUCACAAAUUAAUUCUAUUUCCAAGGGAAAAAACCUACAAGAACUGAUAGAGCAAGCUUUUCUUAAUCAAAAUAGACCAGACCAUAAGUUCAAUUUCAAGGUCAAAGAUCAAGGGUACUGCCUGAUCUUUCAAUCAGAUAGAGGCAUGCAUCAAAUAAACGUGCAAUAUGGCACCAUAAGAAAGGUGAAACGAAGGCCAGAAAGACCUGUUUACCCUGACGAACUGAACGCUUUAAACAGUGUACAUCCAGAAUUUCGAGUGACGCAACCGAAUAAUGUAAACCAGCUCACGACAGCCUAUGCAACCCUAUACAAGUCACAGAAACCGGACAACGGAGUAGUCCAGCCUCGUGUUCCGAAGCACUGGUCGCCUAUGCCAACCAGCCGGUUACAUCCAGAAUUUCGACUGGCGCACCCGGAUAGUGAGAACCAGCUCACGACAACCAGUCUAACCCUACAUAUGUCGCGGGAACCGGACAACGGAGCAUUCCAGUCUCGUGUUCCGAAGCACUGGUCGCCGAUGCUUCCCAGUGAAAAAUAUACCCGUGUGACGUUAGAGUUAUAUUCCAAGGAAUUCACAGAGGUUGAAGAACUGUUCCUGGCGUCGAUGCAUGAUGCGGUGAUAGAGAAAAUCGACCUUUUGCAGAACCCUUUCAUAUGGGAAAAGUAUCAAAGGAAGAAAGACAACAUGAUGGGAUUGGCUCAUGGUAAGACAUGCAACGUUAAUGAGAAGAAAUUGUUUCACGGAACCAGUCCAGACGCAGUGGAGGCCAUCUGCAAACAAAAUUUUGAUUGGCGAGUAAACGGCAAGAACGCAACUGUAUAUGGGCAAGGAAGCUACUUCAAAGUGGAUGCAUCCUACAGCCACAACUACGCAAAAGAAGAUGGAACUAUGUCUCGAUUCAUGUUCUUAGCCAAAGUUCUGGCAGGCUCGUAUACAAAAGGUGAGCCCAGUUUUCGGAGACCGCCGCCAAAGCAACCAUGGAAUCCCACCAGUGAUUUGUAUGACUCCUGUGUGGAUAAUGAGGCGAAACCAAAUAUCUUUGUUGUAUUUGAGACAGAUCAGUGCUACCCAGUACUCCUCUGCCCAGUCAUUACUUGA